UUUGUGCCGCCCUACGUUCUCCAGCAUGUCGCCGAGAGUGAAGCAGCUGGCGAUGAGGCUCGAGAAAGUGCCAGGGCGACUUUGAGGACAGAUGCUAAGAUCCGCCAACAGAGAGUCGCUCUUAGAGGUCCUGCCGCGACGGAAGAGGCCCACGAGGCUGCACCUCCUCUCCAGCUGAAGCGCCAGAUUUACGACGCGAAAAAUACCGGCGACCUCCUUAGUGAACUUGCUCGUAAGGAAGGUGAUAUCCGGACUGAGGACAGGCAGGUAAACAACGCCUAUGACGCCAUCGGCAUUACUCUCAAAUUCUUUCAUACCGCGUUUGGGCGAAACUCUAUCGAUGACAAGGGCCGCAGUAUUGUGGCCACUGUUCACUACAAUGAAGAACGGGAUAACACACUUGGCUAUAAUAACGCCAUGUGGAAUGGCCAGCAAUGUGCUUUUGGGGACGGCGAUGGCAUCGUUUUCGAUCAUUUCCCCGAUUCCCUCGAUGUCGUGGCACACGAACUGACACACGGCGUCACUCAAUAUACCGCUGGGCUCGAAUACGAGAAACAAGCCGGCGGCCUGAAUGAGUCCAUAUCCGAUGUCUUCGGCGCCAUGGUUGAGCAAUGGCACUUCAACCAGGUUGCGUCAGAGGCCGACUGGCUCACUGGCCAGAAUUUGUUCCCCGUUGGCGUCAGAGGACCGGCUCUCCGCAACAUGGCCCGCCCGGGAACUGCUUUCAAUGAUGAUAUCCUUGGACCGGACCGCCAGAUUGCCCAUUUCAGUCAGUACACGGAUGAUCUGAACGUCCAUAUAACUUCGGGCAUUCCCAACCGAGCUUUCUACCUUACCGCAACCGGCUUUGGUGGAUUUUCGUGGCAGCAGGCCGGAAAAAUCUGGUAUGAGACUUUGAUAUCCAAAGACAGCCGCAUCCAUCCGAAUUGUACUUUCAAAGAGUGGGCAGAUGUGACAGUUGAACAGGCGAAGAGGUUAUUCGGUGUUAGUGCAUCGAUCAUUGUCCGUAACGCUUGGGUUGCUGUUGGGGUU